GUUUGACUCGUCGUAAGAUUAAAUAAAAGAAAAGCGUUUCCUUUUCUCUCAGUGAUACAGUCAACUUCUCCUAAAAAUCGGUAACGAUUUCAUUUCACGAGUCAAAAUAGUUAAGCGUUUCUUCGAUUGAUUCGUCAAUCCAGUCAAAUAUCUGGCUUAAUCUCUUUGGUUUAAUUUGUGUUCGUCCCCAAUGGUAUGAUUUUUUUGCAGAUGGGGACUGAAAAGCCUAUUACUACAGAGACCGUUGCUCUCACCGAGAAGAAAAUGGACAUGUCUUUAGAUGCUAUCAUCAAGAUGUCAAAGAGCAAUACUAAUGUGAAUAAAGGCAAGAAACAGAGAGCAUCGAAUAAAAAGGACAACUUUAAUGGUGCUGCUAAAAACAGUACGGUAAAAUCACAGCGUUAUAUGGACUCACGGUCUGAUGUUAGACAGGGUGCUUUUGCUAAGAGAAGGUCUAGUUUCCAAGGAAACCAGUUUCCUUUCACAACAGCUGUUGCUCGUAAUGUCGCUUCUGGUGCUCCGCCUCGUGGUCGACCAUAUAAUGCUGGAAGGAUGGCUAACACGAAUCAGUCAAGGUUCAUUACUCCACAAGCUCCGUAUGGAUCUGCACCAAGAGCGUUUGUCGCAAAGCAGCAGCAGCAAUGGGAGAAGAUAGAUCAAAAGCAAGGAAAUGGAGGAGGAGGACAGAGGCAAGGGCCUCAGACGCUGGACUCUCGGUUUGCAAACAUGAAAGAAGAGAGAAUGAGAAUGAGAAUGAGAAGGUUUACAGAAAAGGGAAACAAUGUAGGCAACAAUAAUGGUGUUGGACUGCAGUACCAGCAGCAAUGUCCGUGGGGAAGAAGAGCCACAAGAUUCCCUAACUGAUUAAUGUGAUCCGCAGAACAAUGGCGUUACUAUUAAUGCAGUUUGGUUUGGAUUCAAUGUUUGAAGUGCACAACAUUCAUUUAUGAAUAUUUUUCUUCUUGGAGACUAGCAGAAGAAGAAAUAUUGAAUCUUUGGUUGUAAUUGGUGUGCUUUUGGUCAGGGAGGGAUAUAUGACCAUUUUGCCCUCUCAUCUUUUCUUGAUUGGGAAGCUUGCACACAGAAAUGUAAUCACAUGAAAUGAAUGAUUUCCCCUUGUAGUAUUUGUAAGCUUUGACUGGCACUUCAAAAUAGUUAACUAAGUUCAGUUAUUAAUCUCCA